CCUCACGCUCCCAAACACCACAACGCCGCCAAAAUGCUACACCUCCUCCCACUCUCAACGCUCCUCCUUCUCCGGGGCAUUCUAGCCUCCCCUAUAUCUCAGGAUGAACCUCUACCAUUGUUGAUCUGGCACGGCCUCGGCGACAACUACGCCGCAGACGGGCUCCGCAGCGUCGGCGACCUUGCAGAGGAGACCAACCCAGGCACAUACGUCUACUACAUUCGGCUCGACGAAGAUCCCGGUUCCGACCGCACAGCAACCUGGUUCGGGAACGUGACCGAGCAGAUCGCCCGCGUGUGCGACGACCUAGCCUCCCACCCCAUACUCUCCACCGCGCCGGCCGUCAACGCGCUCGGAUUCUCGCAGGGCGGACAGUUCUUGCGCGGAUAUGUGGAGCGAUGCAAUAACCCGCCUGUCAGGAAUCUGGUCACAUUCGGCAGCCAGCACAACGGGAUUUCCAAGUACCAGGUGUGCGACGCAACGGACUGGCUCUGUAAAGCGUACAUUGGGAUUCUGAAGGCGAAUACGUGGGGCGCGUGGGUGCAGAGCCAUCUCGUGCCUGCGCAGUACUUUCGCGCCACCAACGAGACAACCGGCGAGGCGGCGGAAGAGUACCUCAAGCACUCCAACUUCCUCGCGGAUAUAAAUAACGAGAGGGAGGAGAAGAACGCGACGUACAAGGAGAAUCUUGCCAGCCUAGAUAAGUUCGCCAUGUACGUGUUUGAGGACGACACGACGGUUAUUCCGAAGGAGAGCGGCUGGUUCGCGCAGACGAAUAUUACGAGCGGGGAUGUGACGCCUCUGAAAGAGCGGACGAUAUACAAGGAGGAUUGGAUCGGGCUGAAGAAGUUGGAUGAGAAGGGUGGAUUGGAUUUUAAGACGACGAAGGGCGGGCACAUGCAGCUCGAUGAUGAGGUGUUGGUGGAUGUGUUCAAGACAUACUUUUCUCCGGCUAAGGCGAGCUGGAGCGGCGUUGUUGACGAGGUACAAGAGCUAAUCGAGUUGUAGGAUCCGAUGGAUGACAGCAAGUAUGAGCGCUUAGGUUUCUUGGAUGAAUACCGGAUGUGAUGGACGAUGGUUUGCUUUCGUAGUCCCGUGUAAUAUUGAUCCUUCCCACAUUGCUUUUCGCUUGGACCGCCGCCGGAAGGCCUUCACAGUAGGAUCAUUACUUUGGCGUUACUCUGGGUGGGGUCGGUUGGUCUGCGACGCUAUGUACGGGCGCACGUAUUUUUGUAUAAAUAUUCAAUAAGUUGGCGGUGAGCUGCACCACGGAAGGAGGACUUGUGAAUUGUUGUGAACAGACAUCGAGAGUGGUAUUCUAGUCGAAUCAUAAGCUAGCACUGUGCAUCCCUGA